AUGAUAAUGACUGAAGAAGAGGGUUUAAUCACAUCCGUUUUCGCUUUCUCUUUCUCUAUCUUUAUUCAUCACUUCUUUACAUGUCUCUUUGAGUUUGGACCAAUUUACUCCAAAGUCCUAAACCCCGAAACCCAUCAUCACCGGUUCUGGCUAAUGGACGUUGUCCUCCGUCGCUACCACCGUCGUUUGAUCUCAACUCUCGUUGUCUUUACUCUUCUUUUCCUUUCUUUCUCAUUCUCCGCAACCGCCUUUCCUCAUCAAGAUCUUAGGGGAGGGCUUGUGGAGACUAGGAAAGAGACAGGUGGGUCGGGUUUACCAGGUCGGAUCGUAGAUCAGAAGCGGUUAGCUGGUCCGGGCUCUGCGCCUCCGAUUUGUAGAUCGAAGUGCUGUAAGUGUGAGCCGUGUAAAGCAGUUCACGUUCCGAUUCAAGCAGGUCUUAUUGCGCCAUUGGAGUAUUACCCCGAAGCUUGGCGUUGCAAGUGUGGCAACAAAAUCUUUAUGCCCUAACUUAAUUCUUGCAUAAUUAGUGACUUUGAAAUAUCCAAAUUUUCCAUUUCUUGUGAUUAAUUGUUCUCUAAUUUUUCUUAUCCCGGCUUAUUAAGUUUCUAUAGUGUUUGAUGUAUUAUUGAUGGAUAUUUAUGUGGAACAGAUUUUAUUUAUCAUUUUU